AUGUCGACCCACAUCCAAGACUCGCACGCAUUUCAUGGCAUCAGCCUUCAUGUUAACAUCACUGUCGCUCCUGAGAACGUCGACAAGUUCCUCGCCGCCUUUAAGAUCUGCUUCGAUGCUGUGACUGCGGAGCCAGAAUGUACCUUCUUCGAGGUCUUCCAUGAUGCGGACAAUCCCGGGCACUUUCGGUUUGUGGAAAAUUGGAGUAAGGAUGAGGAGUGGUUCAGGAAGGAACAAUUGACAAAGGCGUAUUAUAAACCAUACGUGGAAGCGACAGAGUCUCUGUGGAUCAAACCCAGGGAGUUGAAAUUCUUCAACAGGAUGCCUGCUGAAUGGAUGAAGGCCAAGCCGGAGAAUAUGAAAGCAGGAUGGAUGUAG